ACACAUCUAGUUUUCACUGAAUCCCAUGACAGUCCUCUUGGGAGAGAGUGCUUAUCUUUCUUGAAAAAAAAAAAAAAACUAGAUUUUGCUUUUAAUUACUUUAUAUUUGUUGUGGAUGCUGUCCCCAAAGGCUUUAUUAUUGUGGGAAAACUUGUCACCAACAAGAAUCACAAGCAAGAAUUGGGCUGGCAAAAUUGCUGAGUAUUAGAACAUUUGAAAUACCCUGCUCAUCUUGGAAGUUCUUACUGGAGACCUUUUAGAAGAAGAAUGGAGAAAAGACCCAAGAUUUUUCCUAAAGAACUGGUCCAUUUCCCUCGGAAAGGCCAUCAGAACAAGACUCCAUCAGUACUGUUACCGUGUCCCCCACAUCGGGUUUCCCCUCUAUGGGAACAUCGCUGUAAGUCCAGGGCUGAGCAGAUACCCCACCUCAGCUACCAAGCCAGAGUCACUGAAAUGCCAUCAGCCCCCACGUUCAGGAAUGCUGAGAAAGUAUCCUCAACACCACUGCUCAAGCAGCUGGCCAUGUCCUCCCAUCUGUCCCACACUGAUCACAAGACAAUGGCUGUCCUUUUACCCUGUCUCCACCACCGAAGUCUGGCUAAACCACCCCCUCGGUAUAAACACCGGGCGCUGGCUUCAGUUAUACCUUUUCCGAGGUCUAACGUUAGGGUCAAGAAAAGCUCUCUGAAAUUAAUGGCUGAUGAACCAAGUAUAAUGCCUUCACCUGGUCACAGAAACGAGCCUGGCUGUCUACUAGACUCUGACCACCAUUUUUUGACUCACUCAAGCCCUAACCACUUUCCUAAAAUUUUCCCAGGCUACAAAAACCGGACUGAGAUCAUCCCACACCCUGACCAAAAAGGUACAUCUCCAUCAACUUCUGCUCACAAGGCUGACAUUCCCUUAGGCGAGGGUGACAAGAACAGAACAGGACCUGCCAGCAGAGGCCACUUAGACUCCCAGACAGGAGGCAAAUCUGGGCCAGCGACCACUGCCCAACCGACUAAACCUUCUUUAAGGCACAGACGAAGCCAGGUUAGAACUGCCAGUAUGUUGUUAGGAUUUAACAAGAAGGGAGACAGACCUACAGCUUCAACCUCUUCUCAUUGUCUUAAAGACUGGUCCAAGGCCAAAAGUUUGAAACCACCAGAUCUGGCCAAAGUGUUGAAAAAAUCACAUUCUGACCUCUGCCCCAGGAAUAUGGUAUCCCUGGCAGGAUACACUAAAUCGGAGUCCAAAACACUGACACUCUCCUCGUCACAUCCCGAGCAGAAGAACAAAGGGACAAGUGCCCCCAGUCCUAGCCAUCAGGCUACAUUUCUGAGGGAGGUGGAGUCCUGGGAAGAAGCAGUAACGCCACUGAUAGAUGACCAGACCAUAUUGGUAGCAGACAAAAAUCACGACGUGGCGCCUCUGCUGAGUCAGAUCAACUCAGAAUUCUGGGACACCCCAAAUGCAGUUUCUAAGGCAAAAGAUUUACCAGAUCCAAAUAUUCCUUUUAUGCUUCAAACAGAACAAGACCUACGGGAAAAAAUGACAGAGGAAAUGGAAUACCAGGCAAUAACCCCAGCAAGCAGACAUCACGAGACAACGCACCUGCUCUCAGCCCCACAAGAUGGCUCAUCUGACCGGUGGGUCAAGCUUGCCCCCAGCCCGCCUCACCAGGCGGAAGCCACACCACGCCUCUUUGCCAAUGUCUCUGUCCAAACAGAUCAAACCUCUCUGCUCCAUGCCUCAGUUCAGACCGAAGAAGGGAUCUGGCAAACCAUGCUAAUGGGAAUAAAUCAUCAGGCCGCAACUCAGGUAGGCUCAGCUCAUGGGGCAACAUCUCCGUUGGAAUUAAAUCCCAACAUGACAGUCUCUGGUCUCAAUCACCAUCCCACAGCCUCACAGAACCCAGUCUACCAGACUGGAAAUAUGGUAGACAUCAAUCCUCCUCUCAUACUUCAAGCAGAGGGAGAUGCCCUGGGGGAAAUGGAACAAGAAAUAGAGCUAGAUCAGGUCACAUUUUUCAUAAAGGAAGAUCACGGGCCAAUGGAUUUAGACCCUCAGGACAAAACUUUACUUGGCUCAGACUACCAAGCUACAGUACAGACCAGUCAGGAUUCUGGGACAAUAUCUCCAAUGGCCUUAGGCCCACAGAAGAAAAUACUACCUAAACCUGGCCAACACGCUACAUCUCUAACAAAUGCUUACAACUUAACUAAAGAGACACACGGUCAUCUGGCCUGUGUUUCAGUUCAAAAAGCACACAAACCCUGUGAUAAAAUGCCAAAAACAUAUCAGCAGGCUACAAUUCUAAUAGAUCAGGACUGUGGUACAGCAUUUUCACAAGGCUUAGAUUCUAAAGAUACACCUCAACUUGGUUUUGACCAUCAGCCUAUGUAUUCACCCAGCCCUGACAAUCAGGCUGAGCAUUUGUCAGAAUUGGAUAUCCAACUCAUGUUUCAGAAAGAACAAGAAAGGGCACUGAGAACACACCAUCAAACCACUUUGUUGACAGACCAAGGGCCUGGGGCAGCUUUUCCUUUCAACUUAGAUCCCCAGAAUAAAUCUUUACCUGUCUCUGACCACUGGGUCACAACUCCAUCAGCUACGCUAGACUUAGGCCCACAGAACAAAACCUCUGAAGCUGCUCAGUGCCCCAUGGUUCUAACAAACCCUCAUCACCUAAACCACACUAUUCAAGGCCACCUUCUUAAAAUCUCAGUUCCAACCCGAGACCAAGCAAUGUCAAGAAGGACAGACCAGCAGGCCACGACUUUAAGAAGCCAAGUGCAUAAGGUAACGGUGCCUCUGCUGGUCUUAGACACCCAGGGUACACUUUCCCCUAGCCUUGACCACCAGGCCACAUUUCCACUUGGCUCUGCCCACCAGGUUUGGAAUAUACCAGAUCCCGAAGUCCAGUUCACAAUCCAAGAGCAAUCGGACUCCUUGGGAGAAGUGGUGCAGAAAGCACACCACCAAACCCCGAUGCUAGCAGGACAGAGUUGGGGGAUAAUAACACCAUGGAACUUAGACUCUGAAAACAAAAUUUUAUCUGCCUCUGCUCCCCAUACAACAACUCUGAGAAGCCAGGAUCAUGAGACCACACCUUCACUCAUCUCAGGACCACAGAACAAAACCCUGUCUGAGCUUGACCAACAGGUCAAGGAUGCACAAAGUCCUGUCACCAAAGACUUCAUUCAAACAGAACAAGAGCCUUGGGAAACACUGCCACAGAGAAGAGACCACCAGGCCAUGACAGUUCCAAUGCAUUUAGACACCCAGGACAAAUCCAUCCGUGGCCCUGACCGACAGAGUUCAGCUCUGACAGGUCAAAAUUAUGAAAAACCACCUCCAAUGGAUAAAACCCAAUUCAAGCCUGAAAAUGGUAUCAAACCUCUAGUAUAUCCUUAUCCAGUAGUUGGAGAUGCCCAAGGCCAGACUCUCCAGGCCUCGUUGAAAACUGAACAAGAUCCUCAGGACCCGAUACCUGCAGGAACAAAUAACCAGACCCCAAUAUUAAAAGGCCAGGUUCGUGGGACUGUACCUCUACUUGCUACUCUGUUGGAGAUUGACCAGCAACUGUCCACAUCACCGCCACCUCACCACCGGGUCAAGGACACACCAAACCAUGUCCCUGAAAUCUUAACAGACCACCAAGAUUAUGGGACAUCUCCAGUGGAUUCAAGUCCUGGAGGUUUUGACCAUUGGGCAUCAUCUCGAUACAGCCCUAACCAACAGGAUAAAAUGGUCAUAGACCACACUGCCCAUGUCACGCUGCAGUCAGAUCUUAACCACUGGGAAAUGUCACAGGAAAAAGACCUCAAUCAUAUAAAUCUAGUAGUUGAGGAUUUCUCAGACUCGCCUCCUUUCUUGGAUCUAGGUAACCAAGAAAGAACUCGACCUGACCUUGACAACUGGGACAUACAUGCAUCUAGUGCUUCCUAUAAAGCUAAGGAUGCACAAUAUCCUAAAGCACUGGUUUCACCUCAGUCAGAACAAGACCAAAGGGAAUCAAUACCACAAGGAAUGGAACCCAAGACAAUAAGCCAGGAAAUCUCUCUAAUGGCUUUGGGCCUACAGGAUCAAACUCUACCACUCCGUGACCAUAAAGCCAUGCCUCAAACCAGCCCUGAAUAUUCAGCCGAAGACACCUCAAACUCUGUUAUUCACGCCUGUCCUCAGAUGGUACAAGAGAGCUUGGAAAAACCACCAACAGCCAAAGGCCAACAGCCUGCAGCUCCAUCAGUCCUAGAUCCUGACACAACACCUGCAAUGGGCUUCCAGGAAGAUAAGGGACAGCCCGCUCUCUAUCAUCUCAUCUGUUUACCCAGUCCUGACCAUCAGUCUGAGGGUAAACCAGCAUCCAGCGUCCAUGCCUCAACUCAAACAGAGCAAGACCUUUGGAAAAUGAUGCCAUCAAGAAAAGAUCUCCAGGUCAAAGCACAGAGAGACCGGGAUCAUGAGGUGACACCUCUUGCAAGUUUAGACCAAAAUGAAGUUCUUACCAAUCCCAGGCUCCAGGCCACACCUUCAAUUAAUCUCUGUGAGCAGACAGGGGAUAUACAACGCCCCAUUGUCCAUAUUUCACUUCAAACUGACCCAGAACUCUGGGAAACAAUUCCACCUGGGAUGGACAGCCAGACCACAACUCCCAAGGCUCCAGUACUUCCAGUAAGCUUAGAUUCCCAGAAGACACCUCUACUUGACUCCAAUUACCAAGACACAAAUAUGCUCAGCCCUGACCAGCAGGUAGGGGAUAUACAAAGGCCCGUUGUCCAUGUCUUCCUGGAAAAAGAGCCAAAGAAUUGGGAAACACUGACAUCAAGAAUAAAUCACUAUCAGGACACAACUGUCAAAGGCCAAGGUAAUGGGUCAAUACCUUUCCUAAGCUUAGACUCCCAGGGCAAAACUCUAUCUGCCCUCAAUCUCCAGGAUACAAGGAAAUUCAUCCCUGACCAGAUCAUGGUGCCUGUGCAAAGCUCCAAUGCCCAUGUCUCAUUUACAACUGAACCAAAGUACAAGGAAACAAUGAUACUAAAAGGAGACUAUCAGGUGGCAAAUCAUGUGAGUCAGGUUAAUGGGUCAGCAUUUCCACUGCACUCAGUUUCCUGGAACCCAAAUCAAUCUAGCUCUAAUCACCAGGCCAUUACUCCUCCAAUCAGCCCUAACCAUAAGACAGAGGUUGCUUCCAAUCUCCACACCCACGUCACAGCUAACUCAAACGACCAUCACUUGCCAAAAUUAUCAAUUAAUUUAAAUCACAAAGUCAUGCCCAAAUUCAUUACCAACCUCAAGCCCAAGCAAGGUAAGCAGAAUCCAUGGUGUUUCAAAUAUAUCGAACCGUACACUGUUGAUGGAACAGCUAUUCCAACUGAAGUUAUGCAAACCAUUAUUAGUUCCAUCCCUCAAGAAAGAAUAAAAAAUGAUAUCUCAAAACAGAUUCUCCUAAAAAGGAUGAAAGUAUCUUCAGCUGUUCAAAGUGGUCAACGGAUCUCCUCUAGUUAUCCGGUUUGUUUGAUCUGCGCCUCCUGGAUUCCAGAUGACUGUCCCCACGUUCAGAAUAUGAAAUAUCCUUGUGAGGCACAACUGCUGGCCAUACCAACCCCUCUGUCUAAUACUAAGGAGGAUAUGGGUGUGAGAUUUGUCUUUCAAACACCCCAGACCAAACGCUUUACAUUUCUUCUCCCAGAAAUGCAUUACAUUUCCCAAGCAUCCUCACACCAUUCAGGAUACUCUUCAUCUUCACACUCAGAUGAAUCUGUGAGGGCCCCUUUACCCUUGAAACAUCAAACCACGAUUCCAUCCCCUGUCCCUGAAGGGCUAAAGACUCUCAGCUUUAUAAUGGACAAGUAUAACCAGCCAGUGGGGAAAGCUACAUUUAGAAGCCAACAGUCACCCCCAGGCAUAAAACCCAUGAAGUGUAGCAGCAGAGAAGAUGAUCCAAAGAAACAUCCGAUAUUUUUCAAGUCUCUGCUAGAGAGAUUUCAGUUGAGGCAAAAAGUAAAUUAAAUGGCUAACUUUUCCUCUUUGAAAAGAA